CAUGACCCUGAGCGUUUCACAGGGUCCAGUUAUUCCAUGAUGCCGAAUCAAACCCUCCAAGCCCUGGAACCUUCAACUGGUCCAGGGAAGUCACCCGUGAGUUAUUGUAUUAUGCAGUUCCUUUAGGAAUCCAAGCGAUCAUAUGGUCAAUGGUUGUCCUCGUCGUGUGGCCAUUCAAGAGUACAAAGCUUCGGGGGAUUACCUAUCUGAUUAUCAAUACAUUCCCCGUUCUCGCGACAACAGUAUCAGUUCCGAGUUUGUUUUCACUUCUCUUGGCCUCCGUCUGGUUCGCUACUAGGCACGCAUAUGCAGUAAAGAUCAUCCUUACAGCUGUGACGGUAAUUCCAAUCCUGGUACUCCUUUUCGUAUUGUCUUCCAUAUGCAACCUGUAUUUAACGUCCUCGCAUACCUUAGAGCAUGACACCUAGCACACUAUUAUACACUUCUAUUCUACUUCCCUUUUCGUUUUGUGCAACACCACAAGUAACAUGGAAAAUAAAUUGAUACUCAUA